AACCAAGAAUAAAGGAGGGAGGGGGGGGAGGGAGGGAGAGAGAGAGAGAGAGGAGAGAGACUUCACGAAUCUCUCAUUUUGGUUAAACCUCUGUUGAAUCUGAAGCUUCCAUGGCUUCGAUCAACUCAUGAAUUUCAUUCCAAUCUGCAGAAUUUAGGGUUUCUCUCUCUCUCUCUCUCGUAUGUUUGAUUUUGUUUGAUAAUUCCUAAAGAUUGGUUGGUUUUCAUUCAUUUCUGAAUCGAUACAAAUAUGGGUUUAGGUUGGAUUUUGAACUAAAGUAGUUUGAAGAAUUGGGCUCUUGAAAGGCGACCCCUUUGGUUUGGAUCCAAAGAUAUAAUGGUUGUGGUAUUUUGGAACAUCUGGUUGUUUUAGGGGGAUUGGAAAGUUGGGUUCUUUUUUUUUGAAAGGGUUUAAAGUCAUGUUCUACGGUGCGGUGGUGUGGGAUCCAUAUCUCAUUGUUGCCCAAAUUGUUUGCCUUCAAUGCUUAUACUAUCUAACACUUGGAGUUUUCAUGGGAAUUCUUGUUGGGACUCGUGUAUCUCGAAUGAGUCUAGUGUAUUUCUUUGAUUAUGCUACUGUCACUGCUUCUACAAUUACUGGUUGGUGCGUCAUUGCUGCAUUUGUUCUCAGCUCGUUUUCUGG